AUGUACUUCACGCCCAUCCUCACCCUCCUCACCCUAACCCUCACCCACGCCUCCCCCUUCCCCUUCCAAAACACCACCCUCCCAACCGUCCACCUCGACUACGGCACCUUCCGCGGCGCCUCUUCCGAAACCUACAACCUAACCUACUACCGCCGCAUCCCCUUCGCCGCCUCAACCGCGGGCUCAAACCGCUUCCGCGCCCCACAACCCCCACCCCGCAUAACAAAUGGGACCUACGACACCGACCGCGCGUUCGACAUGUGUCCGCAGCGCACGGUAAACGGGUCGGAAGACUGUCUGUACCUGGGGUUGUACUCGCGGCCGUGGGACGCUGCGACACAGGACCUCCGCCCUGUACUGCUGACGUUCUACGGCGGGGGGUUUAUCCAGGGCAGCGCUUCGUUUACGAUUCCACCGAGUGGGUAUCCGGUGCUGGAUGUUGAUUCCGCGGGGAGGAAUGAUUAUGUGGUUGUGUAUGCGAAUUAUCGGACGAAUGUGUUUGGGUUUUUGCCCGGGGCGAAGGUUAAAGAGCACAGGGAGGCGGAUUUGAAUACGGGGCUGCUGGAUCAGAGGGCGGCGUUGGAGUGGAUUCAGAGGUAUGUGCAUUUGUUUGGGGGGGAUGGGGGGGAUGUGACGAUUUGGGGGCAGUCUGCUGGUGGGGGGAGUGUGGUUGCGCAGAGCAUUGCUACGGGGAAUAAGGGGAGGGGGUUGUUUCGACGGGCGAUGAGUAGCUCGCCGUUUUGGCCUAAGACGUAUCGGUUUGAUGGGGUGGAGGCGGAGGGGCUGUAUGGGCAGGUUGUGAGGGAUGUGGGGUGUGAGGGCGUGGGGGAUGAGAUUGCGUGCUUGAAGAGCGUGGAUGUGCAGGCUUUGCGGGACAGCAGUUUGAAGCUGAGUACGAGCCAGCAGUAUGCGGCGAGCACGUUUACGUGGGGGCCGUUUAUCGACGACGAGUUCCUGGCUGAGCCAUUGUCGAGCGUUGUGCGCGGGGGGGAGUUGAAUGUUGAUACCGUCUUUGCGACGUAUAAUCUGCACGAGGGGGAGAACUUUGUGCCGCCUGGGUUUCAGACGGCGACGGGGAGCAGCGGCUUCAACUCAUCGGAAGCAAGCUUCGACGCCUGGCUUGAGGGCUUCCUGCCCGGGUUUGAGAAGGAGGAUAUGGAGAAGGUGAAGGAACUGUACCCGGCGAGCGGAGAGGCAGAGGAGAUUCACUGGAACACGACUUAUGUGCGGGCGGGGCUGCUGUACAGAGACCUCGUUCUCGCGUGUCCGGCGUACUGGCUCGCGGACAAGGCGCAGAAUGGAUGGCUGAGUGAAUACACCAUCUCGCCGGCCAAACACGCCUCGGACACCAUCUACUGGAACCAAAUCAACGCGGUGCAGACAUCCGACCCGCUGACCUACCAGGGCUAUGCCGGCGCAAUGGCAAGCUUCGUGCAGACGGGCGACCCGAACGCGCACAAGGUGACAAACUCAAGCAUUGUCGGGGUGCCGGCUGUGGCCGAGGGGAAGCAGUUUCUAGUCACGGCGGGCGGUCUCAGGCAGGGCAGCAUCAGCAUGUUGGAGCAGAGGUGUGGGUUCUGGCUGGAUGUGGCAGACAAGGUGCCGAUAUGAGGACGGAACAGGAAGGCG